UUAAAUGGACUAGGAUUUGGAGGAGAUGAUCUGGCAGUGAUUGGGACAUAACAUAAUCUUAUUUAAUUGGAACAGGGCAUUGGAAACAGACAGCAGAUGAUAGAAUGAUCCUUCACGAAGGGAAAAUUGGGAAAAACAACCUACGACUCUCACUGAACUAGAGACCAUAGAAUUCUCCGAAGUAGUAUACAAAUCCCAAAGGUUUUAACUUUUGUCCUUUGAGUUCCUAAUAAUUCUUGCACUUGAGAGAGCUCAGAUCACAGGGUAGUGGUCAACUCCUCCAGUAAAGCGUUGCCAUGUGUCCCAUUACCUCAAGUUGCCGUCAAUCACUCUCCUACGUCUGCUUCAUUCUCCAGGUCUCUCUCUUGGGAUGAUAAGUAUUGCUUGAACUUAGCUCAUUUGCCAACUGACCUUCUACAAAGUAGGAAGUGAAGAUAUGACCUGGGUUGAUACUCCGGACAAAGUCCUGCUCUUCUGCCUUGCAACCUGCCAUGUGGGACUAUUAUUGGGGUCAUUUUGAGCUUUCGUGCAUUUGAUUAAAACAUUUUGGUGAUGGCCACAAUGCACCGUAAGUGGGGCGAUGAGGAGUACUCUUACAUACCAGAAAAAGGAGAAAUCGGGUUCAUUGAUUAUGAGGAUGAUCGAUCUGUGUGCAGUUACAACCCAGAUGAAGAGGGUCCAAUUUCUAUAACUGUCCCAUUCCCACUUAUAGAUAGAAAGCCUCGAUCAAUAUUCAUAGGAGAAACUUCCAGUGAGCCAAUCAAGAUUAAGAACAGCACUAGAGAACCAGUGGAACUCUGGAAAGUUGACAUUUAUGACUCAAAUCCGAAGGACUCAUUCACUGUAUCUCUGAUGGAACCUCCAUCAGCGACGUCGGAUGUUGAUUACAUCCGAGAUUUCUUAGAAUCUUUUUGCUUGGAUGACCGGGUGUUGCAACCAGGUCAAACUUUAACUGUUUGGUUAUCUUGCAAGCCUAAGGAAAUUGGAUUGCACACUACAGCAGUGCAUUUUGAUGUUGGGGAUAACAGGAUUGAAAGGUUGGUUUUUCUUUUGGUAGAAGAUAAGAUCUCCAAGUCUCUGUCAUCAAAUAAGCCAUAUCGUAGGGACAGGAAAAAGAAGCCGUUGGUUGUGGAUACAUCCACUGUGGAUGCAUUUGUUCCUGGUGUACGUCCUCCAAGGGUUUCAAACCGAGGGGUCAGAUAUAAGAUUCCUUUAUAUCCGAUCCCAAAAGAUAUCAGAGAAUUGGUGGAGAAUAAGGAGAUCCCCAGUGUUAUAGGAGAAGGUUUAACAAGAGAGAAUUAUGGUGCCUACUUCAAUACUCUGUUGAUCAUGGAAGAAAUAAAAAUGGAGGAAGUUAUGAGGGGUUAUGACAUGGAGUGCAUCUCUUUUUGCAAGAAGGGACAAUAUUUGACUCUUGAGGUCCCAGGACUGGCUGAGAGAAGACCUUCACUCAUUCAUGGAGAUUUUAUAUAUGCUAAGCUUGCCUCUGAUGAUGCGACAACUCGUCCACAUCAGGGUUUUAUCCACCAUGUUGAGACUGAAGAAGUAUAUCUAAAGUUUGAGAAAGAAUUUCACUUCCGCCAUGAACCCGGGAACCUAUACAAUGUGCAGUUCACUUACAACCGAAUAAACAUGCGAAAAUUAUAUCAGGCCGUUGAAGCAGUAGAGCAUUUAGAAAGUGAGCUUCUCUUUCCAUCUGAUUCCUCUAGAAAAAGACUGAUUAGACCUGCUCGACUCUCUCCUCUUUCUGCUGUUCUUAAUGAGGAACAGAAGCGCUCGGUUGAGAUGAUUCUUGGCUGCAAAGGCGGUCCCCCUUAUGUGAUCUACGGGCCUCCAGGCACGGGAAAGACUUUGACACUUGUUGAAGCAAUCCUCCAACUCUAUAUAAAGCAAAAUAGUGCCCGAAUUCUUGUAUGUGCACCUUCAAAUAGUGCAGCAGAUCAUAUACUAGAGAAGCUACUCAGCGAGAACGCUGUCAAAGUUAAAGAAAAUGAGAUACUUAGGCUCAAUGCAAUUAGUCGUCAGUUUGAUGAUAUUAAGACCGAUCUAUACCGGUUUUGUUACCAUGAAGAGUCAAACUUCAAGUGUCCUCCACUUCAAAACCUAAUGCGCUACAAAAUCAUCAUUUCGACAUACAUGAGUGCCUCGCUUCUUUAUGCAGAAGGCAUUAGGCAAGGUCACUUCUCUCACAUUUUCUUAGAUGAGGCGGGCCAAGCGUACGAGCCUGAAACCAUGAUUCCCAUAUCCCUCCUUUGCCGAAGGGGAGCAGUUAUCGUUCUUGCUGGUGACCCAAUGCAAUUAGGUCCGGUAAUUCACUCCAGAGAGGCGGAAACUUUUGGAUUGGGAAUGUCAUACUUGGCUAGGCUCUUUGACUGCGAGUUCUAUAACAACGACAAUGAAAAUUAUGUCACGAAGUUGGUUCAAAAUUACCGAUGUCACCCUGAAAUUCUUUAUCUCCCUUCACAAUUGUUUUAUAAAGGUGAAUUACUCGCAUUCAAAAACGAUACCAGUUCAUCCAUGCCUUGUUUGGAACUCCUUCCUAACAAGAAUUUUCCCAUCCUUUUCAUUGGUAUCCAAGGCUGUGAUGAGCGGGAAGGAAGUAACCCAUCGUGGUUUAACCGAUUUGAGGCGAGCAAGGUCGUUGAGAUUAUCAAGCAAUUGACCGGAAAAUGGGAGUUGACUGGGGAAGAUAUUGGGGUCAUAACUCCUUAUCGUCAGCAAGUACUCAAAUUACAGAAAGCCCUUGAAAGUUUGGAUUGCUCUGAUAUCAAGGUUGGCAGUGUUGAGCAAUUUCAAGGGCAAGAAAGGCAAGUGAUUAUUGUGUCUACUGUCCGAUCAACGGUCAAGCACAAUGACUUUGACAGAAUUCAUUGCUUGGGAUUUUUGAGCAGUCCCAGAAGGUUCAAUGUUGCCAUUACCCGCGCCCGGUCUUUGUUGAUUGUUAUUGGUAAUCCACACAUCAUUGGCAAGGAUCUGUACUGGAAUAUGCUGUUAUGGCGUUGUGUUGAUAAUGGCUCCUAUCAAGGUUGCCCUCUCCCCGAAAGGCAAAAUUAUGUUGAGGAAGACACCCCACAAGAGAAUUAUUAUGAAGAAGAGUACCCUCGGCCCUCUGACGAAGUUGAACAGGAUAGGGAAAGAGAGACCUAUCAGAGAGGAGAAGAUUUUUCUAAACCCGUCUUUGAUGAAUCCAAGUGGUCGGAUGGUUGGAAGUAAAUUUUCUUAUUUUGUUCUUCUGAUUGUUGGUACAUUAAAGCGAGAUUAGUUUUCGUCCUGUAAAUUCCACAGAACUAGGAAAGAUGUAUCGAUUGUGUUAUUAUUAUUAUUUCCAAAACAUUAUAGGUCAGUUCUCAAAGGCUUUUUAUCUAUGCUUGCUCUGUUAGUGUUUGGCAUGCAAUAAAUUAAGGUAGUAUUAUCAAAAGCAA